AUGGCAGACCAGCCGCCACCGCCUCCUCCUCCUUGGCGGCAAGCGCGGAGCGGGCAGUGGCAGCACCGCAGGGCUUUGCCCGGGAGCGCCCCGGAGGGUGAAGGGACCCUGAAGGAUUGCCCGGCCGGCGACCUGAGCCGAGGGAAUUCAGAGUUCUUCCUUUCUGGUGCCAGUGUAGCUGCUCACUCUGUCCUUUCUUCACCUCUCCUGCAGUCCUCCGUCUGCGCCAAAAUCGUUGAACUGCUGGGGCAGAACGAAGUAGACCACCGCCAGAAGCAGGUGGUGAUUCUGAGCCAGGACAGCUUCUACCGGGUCCUCACUGCGGAGCAGAAGGCCAAAGCCCUCAAGGGCCAGUACAACUUCGACCACCCAGAUGCCUUUGACAACGAGUUGAUCGUCCAGACACUCAGCAAGAUCAUGGAGGGGAAAACAGUCCAGAUACCUGUCUAUGACUUUGUCUCCCACUCUCGCAAGGAAGAAGCCGUGACCGUCUACCCUGCAGACGUGGUGCUUUUUGAAGGCAUCCUGGCCUUCUACAGCCAAGAGCUCCGGGACCUGUUCCAGAUGAAACUCUUCGUGGAUACAGAUGCAGACACCCGUCUCUCCCGCAGGGUUCUCCGAGACAUCAGCGAGCGGGGCAGGAACCUCGAGCAGAUCUUAACUCAGUAUAUCUCCUUCGUCAAGCCAGCCUUCGAAGAAUUCUGCUUGCCUACCAAGAAGUAUGCUGAUGUCAUUAUCCCCCGUGGGGUGGAUAAUCUUGUGGCCAUUAACCUGAUUGUACAGCACAUCCAAGACAUCCUGAACGGAGGCCUGGGCAAACGGCUCCUCAACGGGCAUGUGAACGGCUACACCCCUCCCCGCCAGCGACAGCUCUCGGAGUCGAGCAGCCGGCCGCACUGAUGUCAGGCCCUCUGGGAGGCCACACGAAGUCCUCCUCCUUAGGAACUGCAACUUCUUGGCUCCAGCCGUGCUCUUAAGACCCCCUAGCAGGGUUUGACGGCUUCGAUCGGCGGGGGUCUUUACCGAGGGCCAGAACAUACUUGCUUUCCGAUGGCUCUGCCACAGAGGCCAGGAGGAAGGAUUCAGUCCCUUUGGAAAUAGCACAGAUGGUUUAUUGGGUUUUUUUGCGGCAGCGGCACAGUGACGUCACGCUCCGUGGCAGAGCCGUGCUGUCGUUGAGGGUCUUGGGGGGACAAAAGGCAAAGGACGAGGGAGGGAGACCACUGAACGGACACCGGGUGUCUCAAGGGCUUCAA